GGGUAACUUGCGGUAAGUCUUUUGGAGAGCGUAUUGUCUACCGGUUGCUUCGGACGUACCAGCUCAAGUGAUUUGAAUUCCAUUAUCCUUGGUUGACAGCUCAAGAUGCUGGACAUAUGCAAGUAAGCCCCGCAGGUAAGAUAAGGGGACAUUCUUCUCACAUAAAUUGGGGAAACUGCUGUUCGUGAAACAAGUAUGAUUUUGAGGAUUCUUUCUUGUCAGAAGUAGUAAUGAAUCUCUUCUUGUGGUCAUUGUCUUUUGGGACUGUCUUUUCUGCUGCAAUUUGUGACAAUAGUUCGGGUCAAACAGCAUGUGGUACAACAUGUUGUGCCAGUAACCAAUAUUGCGAAUCUGCCGGACAAUGCCAAGCUAUAUCUUCAACAGCGACGACGCCUACAUCAACUGUGCAAAAUCCAGAAGGAUUUACGACAAGUAUUAGUAUAAAUGUUCAACGUAAGGUCUUGAGAUUCGUUUCCAGUGUCAAAUUCCCCCGAGCAAUUCUAAUUGUCAUAACGCCUCAUCUGUUUUCGUUCCUACGCUUAAUCUCCAAUGCUGGUAAGCCUUAGAUCGAUUCAACCAUACUAACUCGUCUUCUUUAGAAUUAUGGGAUCUAUUUGUCGGUCCAGUAGAAACCGCAGCAACCAGGACAACCGUCUCCGCCACUCCCGUAGCAACAUCCGAACUCAUUCCUCCACCGCCGCUCUACUACCCAUCUUUCCUAAGCGGUGCUCAAGUACCCUUAGUCGCAAAGAAUGAAUCCUGGAAAUUUCCUUCAGGGUUUUGGUGGGGUGUAGCAUCUGCAGCAUAUCAAGUUGAGGGUGCUGCUGCUGAUGAAGGUAGAGGUCCUAGUGUUUGGGAUGUAUUUACACACAAUGCUGCUUCAAAGUCGACUUUGUUUAACGAUACCGGAGAUGUUGCAGACAAUCAAUAUUACUUAUACAAACAAGGUGUGUCCACCCCUUUUGAGAAUUGCGUUGGAUUGCUGCCGAUGCUAACUGGAAUAGAUAUUGCAAGAAUUGCAGCUCUUGGUGUACCAUAUUAUUCAUUUUCGAUUUCUUGGUCUAGAGUUUUACCAUUUGGAAAGGGACCAGUCAACGAACUUGCUCUGCAGCAUUAUGAAGAUCUAAUUGAUACAUGCAUCGAAUUUGGUAUUCAACCUGUCGUUACAUUAUUCCACGUCAGUUUAAUCCCUUCCGUCUCAUCUUCGCCCCUAACAUCACAUCUUAGUGGGAUCUUCCCCUAUUUCUGCAAAAUAGCUAUGGUGGAUGGCUUUCCCCAGACGUCAUCGACGAUUACGUUGCCUACGCCAAGAUCAUAUUUUCCCGCUUCGGUAACAAAGUAUCUCGCUGGUUCACAAUGAACGAACCUCUAACGUUCUGCGACGAAUAUCCCUACGCAUCCCACUAUUUUACCGCAGUCACUAUCCCUGAACAACAACAACCAUACUACUGCGGUCACCAUGUUUUACUCGCUCAUGCAAAAGCCUAUCGUCUCUUCAAAUCCAUGGGACUAAAUGGAACAGUAAGUUUUAAAAAUAACGGCGGCUACAAAGUCCCAUUGACAAAUUCGUCGGAAGAUGCCGUAGCCGUGCAAAGAGCUUGGGAUUUCAAUGAAGGAUGGUGGGCAAAUCCGGUUUUUAUCAACGGAGACUAUCCAACCUAUUUAAAAUCCUAUCUAGAUACCAUCGGGCUUACUUUCAACGAUACUGAAAAAGCGUUGAUCAAUGGAACAGCUGAUCUCUUCGCUCAUGAUGCAUAUAGCGCAAGCUAUUACAUGGCCCCUGAUUCAGGAAUAGAUGCAUGCACAUCUAACUCUUCACACCCGUUAUAUCCCGGGUGUUAUAACACUACAAAUACCGGAUAUAAUGGGUGGUUGAUUGGACCUGCAUCGGAUCCUUUGUCGGAAUGGUUGCAUGAUGCUGUGGAUUGGCUCCCAGCGUUCUUGAAGUAUAUGCAGGAUACUUGGCCUAGUAAGGGUGGAAUUGCUAUCUCAGAAUUUGGGUGGGUCAUUUGAUUGCCGAUUUUUUUACUCUUCACAUCCCCCGCGGGCUCUAAAUCAUUUCAUCAGUUCUUCUCUAUUUCCAUUGUCAUCCUCCGCUACCCCCUCUACAGUCAAAACAAAAGCUAACUCCAACUCCUACAAACAACAGUUUCGCGGAGCCGUUUGAAUAUCAAAAAACCCUCCUCGCCGAUAUCCGUACGGAUGUCAGGAGAACUCUAUAUUACAAACAAUAUAUGGAAGCUGUAUUAAUGGCUAUCAGCGAAGGAAUUAAUGUGGUAGGGUGUAUAGCUUGGAGUCUUAUGGAUAAUUUGGAAUGGGCUCAGGGUGAGUUGACUUGUUCUUGCCUUUGGUUGUGUAUUUUUGUUUCUGCAUGGGAGACAUGUGGUUUCUUGAUAUGGUGUUCGAUCAGUGAGCCAGGCAGCCUUCGAGCCCAGCGCCCUGUAAUCAAAGCUGAAGAUUCACACUGCAGUAGCAGGUUCCCAAAUUCAGCCCAAUCAAUGCUAAUUUUCAAAUACAGGUUACCACGUCAAGUUCGGGAUGCAAUAUGUAAACUUUACCACGGGCGAACGAGCUUACAAAGCAAGCUUCUUUGAAUAUAUCAACGCGUUCAAAUUAUAUGCGGAGGAUCCAGUUGUUCCUGUUUAUGUUAAAUAGAUGGUAGCAUGGGACUGGAACAAGAUUGCAAUGAGUGACUGGCGAGACCCCGGGGAAAAGCGGUGUCCAGAUUGAUGAUAUGAGAAAUGAAAAUAGAAGGAUGUAGUAUAAAAUCACACAAUAAGUAUCAAUAUAAGAUAUAUAUCACUAGUUAUCGAGCCAAUGUUGCUAAAAAUAACUAUCCAUUACCAGGAUAUUGAAUGUGCGAAGCCUCCGUCCGACAUUGGCAUGGAUGGUCAGGUAUAAAAUAGUUCAAAAGAAAGUAUAAGACGAGGGGGAAGGUAG